UGGUGCAGAGUGGUGAAGAGAGAGAGAGAGAGAGCACAGGGGGUAUUCACCCAUUCUUUAACCUUAACGGUUACCCUCCUCUGCUGUUAAAGGGACAGUUUUUGUUUUUCUCUCACGAUGUCUGAAGGUGAAUUAGCAGGAACCAAACUGGUGUCGGUGGACUUUGAGAUCUUCGGUGACGUUCAAGGAGUCUGUUUCAGAAUGUACACAGAGAAGGAGGGUCUGAAGCUCGGUUUGGUCGGCUGGGUGAGGAACACCCGCAGUGGGUCGGUGGACGGACAGGUCCAGGGUCCUGCUGACAGGGUGGCGGAGAUGAAGGUGUGGUUGAGUAAAAGAGGAAGUCCAAGCAGUCGGAUCAUCAGAAGCUCCUUCACCAACCUGAGAGCCAUCGACAAGCUGGAGCUCUCCGGCUUCAAGACUCGCUACUGACCAACUAAUCAAACUUCGCCCGAAGAGCUUCUCCUCCCUCCAAGAGCAAAACACUAAGAGCUGCUUAUAGUGUUCAUAACCGUAGUGAUUUGUGAGUUUAGAUUUUAUGUCCAUGCUCCUGUUAAUUCUAUGGAUGGCGACUGUUGAACUACAUAUUGGAGCUGGAGUUUUUUUUGUAGAAAGACUUAGGUUUGAGUCCAGUCACUCUGGAUAAGAACAGUGGAAAGUUUCAGGCUGACAGUGUUCAGAUAAAGAAAUCGGUGGUGUUAAUAUAUAAUUAAAAAUAUAAUUUUAUUUAUAAUAAAAGAAAGAUCUUGGUGUAAUGUAUCCAACACUCAAAAAAAACACUGUUUUGAAGACUAUAUCUACUGAAGCAGUUAAAGAUUCAAGUAUUUUUUUUAUCACUAUUCUGAUGGCAUACAUAUAGCCUAUGUUUGUAGCAGUUACAUUCAAUUAAGACAAGUUACCAUAUGAUGUAUAACACUGCACAUUUUAGUUUAAGGUACGGUGUGUAACAUCUGUUUGCAGAUUGUGUGUACGAAGCGUGUAGAAGAACUAUGGUGGUCAACGUGAAAAUGACCAUAUAUAGAGCUGUUUUAGGAGUAGCGUAGGUCAUUUGGAGAAAAGCAGAGUCAGUGUGUAGAAUGUGUUGGAAGUGAGUAGUGAAGCAAGAGAGAGAGAGAGCGGUGGCAAAUGUGUGUGAAGUUGUGAGCUAACAGUGAGCUAGCUGAGCAGAAGACAGAGUUAGUUUAGCUCUGAGAAUAUCAGUGAAUGUUCAGUGAAAGUUGCAGUUUGUGUAAAAAAAUAAAUGCUGCAGCUCCUCAAGACCAA